CGACAUUCAGAGACUACUUGGCUUUUACAUCGUACGAACUGCUACGCUGAUACAUUGGUGUUGAGAUUCUAACAUAAUCACAUCGAACGCCAGGCAGAAUAAAAGAUUCAAAACACGCAAUGGCUAUUAAAACACUCGGAGCCAAAGCUGCUGCUGCUCUUGAUCAGGAGCUUAUGACCACUGGUGCAUUCUCACUCGACCAGCUCAUGGAGCUCGCUGGUCUUGCUGUUUCUCAAGCCGUGUACCGUCUUCAGCCCCUCGAAAGCGGCCGUAGAGUCCUUGUUGCCUGCGGACCUGGAAAUAACGGUGGUGAUGGAUUAGUGGCUGCUCGCCAUCUUCGACAGUACGGUUACAAUCCGACCGUGUUCUAUCCCAAAAGAAGCAAGAAUGACCUAUAUCAGCGACUCGCCAAACAACUCGAAGACCUCGAGGUCCCUUUCGUCGACGAUUUCCCCUCGGCGCUGAAAUCGACAGAUCAUAUUAUCGAUGCGAUUUUCGGAUUUAGUUUUUCAGGAGAAGUUCGAGAGCCAUUUCCUGCAGUGAUUCAAGCAUUGCAGGAGACCAAAUUACCGAUCACGUCAGUCGAUGCUCCAUCAUCAUGGGAUAUCGAAAACGGUCCGCCAAAGUCUGGGCUCGGUAGCUCCUUCAUGCCUACGGCACUCAUUAGCCUAACAGCGCCAAAGCCACUAGUGAAGCACUUCAAAGGUCGACACUUUAUUGGAGGACGAUUUGUAACUCCGUCCAUUGCCAAGAAGUUUGACUUUGAAGUUCCAGAGUACAAAGGAAUCGAUCAGGUCGUUGAGGUUGAAGUAUCCGAGCAGAAACUCUAAGAGAAUAGUCGAAUUGGCCGUCAUUCGAAAAUAGGGGGGUUCCAAUCACCACCCUUUGUCUCUUCUGAAUAGCAAACGUAUCACAU